AUGGAAUGUAUUGAUAAGGUUUUUAAACGGCUACACCGAGGCGAGGAGUUAUUUGGUAGCUACAGUAAUGGCGUUCGUCUCUUAUCUCCUAGCGAAUUUGACAUAUUUAUUGUUCUCAAAUUUCCAUUUGCAUUAAAUGCCCGCCCGGAUAGCUCUCGUCCCGGUUUUGUACAUUUCCCAAUGACCACAACAAUGAACACCAUUCGAAAUGACUACAAUAAUAGGGAAUUGUACGAUUUGCUGGAACAAAUUGUUGAUUGGCGAACCGGAUGUCUUAGUACAGCAGCUUUCAAAGAAUGGAUGUUCGAUUUGAUCGAACAGGCUGUAGAACGUUGCAAAGGGUAUUUCUUCGAUAAAGGUUUAUCAGUUGUCUUCCAGAGACAUGCGGUGGCCUUUAAUCUAUACAUAAAGGAUCUUAAUUAUCAAGAUGUAUACAUUUCAAUUGAUGUUGUGCCCGCUAUAAAGCUGGGCAAACACAGUUGGAUGCAAGUUCGUUACGAUGCCACUGCAUAUGAUGACAGUGAUUUUUGUAAUUUUAUGGCUGUUGCUAAACGAGGAUCAUAUCGACCGCGUCGGACUUUUGCAUGCACCUUUAUGAUGGUUAAUCCAACUUCCGAACAAAAUAUUUUAUGGGAUAAACAAAAUCUGAAGCCCGUUAUGCGUCUACUUAAGUCGUUGCGGGAUAAAUUGGAAUUGAAUCGCCUGAAAAGUUGUUUUAUAACCCAUCUACUGUUAUGGGAAGUGGACAAACAACCGUUGGAAUUCUGGCGGAAGCCAAUCGGAUAUUUAUUUACUUAUAUGUUAUGGCAACUCUGCAAUUGUUUCAAUAACGGCAAACUCUCAUAUUUUUGGCAUAGUGGAUGUAAUCUGUUGGAUAUUCUAAAGCCCCAUCAAAAACGCAGAUAUACACAGGAAUUAAACGAUGCAUAUCGAACAAUGAAAACAUUCUUAGAACGACCAAAUUUGUCAUAUGAUACUGUAGAAUCAUUUUUUGAUGUACCUUAUGAAACGGACUAUGAUUCGGAAACGGAAUAUGAAGAUGAUUCGGAAACAGACUAUGACUACUACGACACUGAAUAG